GUUUAAGCAUGGAAAAGUUGCAAAAUGAAGUGCAUUUUCUUCGAGCUCAACUAAAAGAUAGAGAUAGACAAAUACUACAAUUACAAAAUCAACUGAUUGAUAAGGAGAAGCCAUUCUUUCCCACUGGAGUAACUAACACUCAUGACAUCUCAAAAUUAUGUACAGAAAAGUUGACCAAUGAGAGCAUAGCAAGGCAUAGCAGGCAACUUAUCCUCCCUGAGAUUGGCGUGAAAGGUCAGCUGUCAUUGGCCAACACAUCUGCUCUUAUAGUUGGUUGUGGAGGGCUCGGUUGUCCCUCUGGUCUCUACCUUACAGCUGCAGGCAUAGGUAGACUAGGGCUGGUAGACUAUGAUGAAGUAGAACUGACUAAUCUACACAGACAAGUGUUACACACAGAGAGUUCUAUAGGAGUGACAAAAUCAUCAUCUGCAGCUUUAACAUGUACAAGGUUGAACAGUAAAGUUGAGUGUGUGCCAUACCAUAUUGUAUUAAAUAGUGAAAAUGCACUGGACAUCAUUAAGCAAUAUGACAUUGUCCUGGACUGCACGGACAAUGUAGCCACCAGGUAUCUGCUGAAUGAUGCUUGUGUCUUAGCCAAGAAACCUCUAGUAUCUGGGAGUGCUCUUCGAUUUGAAGGACAGCUGACAGUUUAUAACUACCAAGGUGGACCUUGCUACAGAUGUCUUUACCCUAAACCUCCACCCCCAGAGACUGUUACUAAUUGCUCAGAUGGAGGUGUACUCGGUGUCA